ACCCCUCCGAAACUCCCAAGCUCUCGUUUUCGGCUUCUCAGACAAUAUGGUGAGCAAAAGACAGAGAGAUGCUCGCAAGAGAUUCAGAGCAGAAAACCCUGAACUGGUUAAACAGCCGACGCCGCCUAAGGACCCAAGCAAGAAGAAGGGAAAGAAGAGCACGUUCAAGCGCAAGAAAGCACCCAAUGGUCCAGACAAACCCACCAAAACUUCUCAUAGCAAACACCCACUUAGAGUCCCUGGUAUGAGGCCUGGGGAGAGCUGUUUCAUUUGUAAAGCCACCAACCAUAUCGCCAAGCUUUGCCCUGAGCGAGCUGGGUGGGACAAGCACAAGAUAUGUUUGUAUUGUCGACAACGUGGGCAUAGCAUCAAGGAUUGCCUUAACAAGAAUGAUGACACCGUGGCUGUGAAGUUAUGUUAUAAUUGUGGGGAAACUGGGCAUUCACUGUCUACCUGCCCCCUACCUCUUCAAGAAGGAGGAACUAAAUUUGCCAAGUGCUUCAUCUGUAACGAGACCGGUCACUUAAGCAAGGACUGCUCUAAAAAUACUCAUGGGAUUUAUCCAAAGGGUGGUAGUUGUAAGAUCUGUGGAGGCGUAACACAUUUGGCUAGAGAUUGUCCCAACAAAGUUGAGAGGUUUUUCUGUCUUUUUUGAAAAAGCUUUGGGUUUUUCCAAAAGCCAAGAGGAAAGGUUACCAAACUUGUGAGUGGAGACGAUCUUGAUGAUGAUUUCAGUUUCGUGGAUAAGAAACGUGGUGGUGCAACAGACGAUUGUUGCUUAAAAACUAAAAUGAAUGUUGGGUUGGGGCAGGCGGCGUCUGGCAUGGCUGUGAGUGAUGAAUGCAAACUCAAGUUCCUGGAGCUAAAAGCGAAGAGAAACCAUCGAUACAUCAUAUUCAAGAUUGAGAUUCAACAAGUGGUGGUAGAGAAGGUUGGUACCAAAGAAGAAACAUAUGACGACUUCGCGGCAUCCCUGCCUGCCGAUGAGUGCCGCUAUGCUGUCUUCGAUUUUGAUUUCACCACUGUCGAGAACUGCCAGAAAAGCAAGAUUUUCUUCAUUGCAUGGUCCCCUGAUACAUCAAAGGUGAGAAUGAAGAUGGUGUAUGCAAGCUCCAAAGAUAGAUUCAAGAGGGAAUUGGAUGGCACUCAAGUUGAGUUGCAGGCAACUGAUCCUAGCGAAAUCAGCCUUGACAUUAUAAAAAGCCGAGCUCUUUAAGCAACCAAACUCAUCCACCUCCCCUAAACAUUUACAUUUAACAUUUUUCUGUUCAAAAUCCCAUCUUCUUCUUCUUCUUCUUCUUCUUCCUUUUCUUUUCUUCUUUUCUUCUCUGUUGUAUGGGGUUGCAUACCAACCAUGUAGUUUAAUGUAAUAUUAUGAAUUCUUUUAUCAAUUCCAAACUUUUUACAACA